CGUUAUCGAUAACUCUCUUACAACGUGCGCCCUCAGCCCAUUCCAAAAGAUAAAUAAAAACACCUGAACCGGCAUGAAGUUCCUAAUCGAGAGCAUUAGCAAGAAUUCCGGCCGGUUGGGUCAACUGCGGAUUAGGGAAGGAGGCCCUGAUCUAAAGACCCCGCUCUUAUUGCAGACUACAAAGGGCGGCAGCAUUCCGUGGUUGGCUGGAGAUGUUUUCGAGCAUCAGAUUAGUCAGCAACCACAGGUGCUCCAGCUCACCUUGUCCACCAUGGGACAUAUGGUAGAGGCCCUGGAGCAAUGGAACAACAAAGACAGAGGAGUGAGCGACUACGUUGGAUUUCCUGGUCAACCAAAUGUGCUUCUUGUGCGGGAUCCUUGCGAAACGACGCCGUCGGGUAGUAACGAUCGAGAUACACUGCCUUUGUUUACGAGAAGGGGCAAGGAAACGCUUACUGCUGAAAGCUACAUAGAAGCGGUGGCCAAGAUUCAGCCUGAUAUCUACCAAGGUCUGUCGGAUGCAGACACCAAUACAGAAAGCUCCAAAAAGAGGUCCCAAAAAUCGGUGGACAGAACCGAAAAGUUCAUGCACUACAUCUAUGAGCAGAGGGGAAAGGUGAAGGGAACCCUCUUGGCUCCUAUUGUAGGUGGAUACAAUACUUUUGCCCGGACGCAGUCUAUAAAGCAUGCGCGGGAACAGCCGUCGGACAGUUAUGGCGGCUACGUCCUAGAAGGUUUCCACAAUAAUGGUUUAUCGGCAACUGCUCUGGAUACUUCAAAACUUCUGCCCAUUGUAGAGCACUGUGUUAAGCAGUUAGAGGAAGAUAAACCUAGAAUGAUUCCUGGUGCCUAUACGCCAAUAACGGUGCUGGAACUUAUCCGUUUGGGCAUUGAUGUGUUUGACACGUCAUACGCUUACUGUGCGACCCUAAACUUCAAAGCCUUGACAUUUGCCUUUGUCCAGGAUGGAAAGGAGCACAUGCCUUUCCUAGACAUCACGGAUGAUGAUAUUAAGGAGGAGUUCACACCGUUGCUGAAGGACUGUAGCUGCUUAACCUGCCAGAAACAUACGCGUGCGUACCUGCAUCAUCUCUAUAAAACCAACGAGCUUCUAGGACCAAUAUUGUUAAUGAUUCACAACCUACACCACUACAUGGCUUUCUUUGAGAGGAUACGGGAGGAGGUUGCCAACGAUACGUUGCCAGCUCUAAUAGACCUCGUGAGGAACCAGAAUGGCGAUUCCUCUUUGGAUUACUCCAUUGUUCAAAAUACCAAAGUCAUUAGCAAAGCCACGAUAUCAAAGGGAUUCGUAGCUGCUGCAGUCUGA